CCCGCCCCCUUCCCUAGUCAGCCACCCACGAUUUAAGUUGCAGACUUUUCAGCACCACUUCCCCCGGUGUACAGAGCUCUGUGGAUUUCCUCGUGGAUACUACGUAGAAGACCCACGCUGAGGACCGCAUUGGAAGCUCUGCAAGGAAGAAGAAAACCGGUGGAAUUCAGUGUGGACCCAAGCAGGCUCACGGGGUUUGCCACAUAACCGAUCCCUGCCCAGGGGUCAGUGAAGAUUAAAACUGGCUAUUGCAGCAGACGCCGUAGAGAUUCCGGAGAGUAGACGAGGGAGUUGAAGGAGGUUAUUUUCCACCGUUUGUUCUUCCCAAUGUCCAGAGCAGGAUCUCCAUAGACGAGUCCAUUUGGACGAAUGAGCGAGGGAGUGGAGUGGACGUGAGGAGAGCAGGAUUACAGCUCUGCAAAAGAGCCAGACUCAUAUUGGACAUUAAGUGACUGCGUGAGAGAAGACAUGAGAGGAAGCCUUUCUUGUGCCAGCUGCUUGGAGAGCAAUUAACCCUCUGGCCAGCGCGAGCGACUACCUGGCUUCCAUUUCCUUGAUUGCGGCAGUUUGCUCGUACCAACUACGGUCAUGUUUCACCCACCGCCUUGCGGACCGGACCGGACCGGCUGCCAGCGACACGGCGUGGUUCUACUCCUGCUGCUCCUCGACAGCUCUUUCAAGGCGGCGCAGGCCGCGAAACCCAAAGGCCCCGGUCACACCCACUUGAACUCCAUCCGCAUCGACGGGGAUAUCUCCUUAGGUGGGCUCUUCCCGGUCCAUGCCAGGGGUCACGACGGCAAGCCAUGCGGGGAGCUGAAGAAGGAGAAGGGGAUUCAUCGGCUGGAGGCCAUGCUCUUUGCCUUGGACCGCAUCAACAACGAUAACAACCUGCUGCCAAACAUUACGUUGGGCGCCCGGAUCCUGGACACCUGCUCCAGGGACACGCACGCCUUAGAGCAAUCGCUCACCUUCGUGCAGGCACUAAUCGAGAAGGACGGGGCGGAUGUCAAGUGUCUGGGUGGCGGGGCGCCUAUCAUCACCAAACCAGAGAGGGUGGUGGGCGUCAUCGGCGCGUCGUCCAGCUCUGUCUCCAUCAUGGUGGCAAAUAUACUGAGGCUCUUCAAGAUCCCCCAAGUGAGCUACGCCUCCACAGCUCCGGAACUGAGCGACAACACCCGCUACGACUUCUUCUCCCGGGUGGUCCCGCCGGACACGUACCAAGCGCAGGCCAUGGUGGACAUUGUCAAAGCCAUGCGCUGGAAUUAUGUCUCCACCGUGGCCUCGGAGGGCAACUACGGCGAGAGCGGAGUCGAAGCGUUCAUCCAGAAAUCUCGGGAGGAUGGGGGCGUGUGCAUCUCCCAGUCAGUGAAGAUUCCCAGGGAGCCCAAACAGGGUGAAUUUGACAAGGUCAUCAGACGCCUACGGGAAAAUCCCAACGCCAGAGUGGUCAUCAUAUUUGCCAAUGAAGAUGACAUCAAGCGGUUGCUCCACGCUGCUAAAAAGGCCAACCAGACGGGCCAUUUUAUCUGGGUGGGCUCUGACAGCUGGGGUUCCAAGAUAUCACCAGUCCUGGACCAAGAAGAGAUGGCAGAAGGAGCGGUCACCAUCCUACCCAAGCGCCAAUCCAUCAAAGGCUUCGACCGCUACUUCAUCAGCCGUACACUGGAGAACAACAGACGGAACAUCUGGUUCGCCGAGUUCUGGGAGAACAACUUCAGUUGCAAGCUGAGCCGACACGCCCUGAAAAAAGGCUCAGGGCUCAAAAAGUGCACAAAUCAAGAGCGGAUUGGGAAAGACUCCAACUAUGAGCAGGAAGGCAAGGUGCAGUUUGUGAUUGACGCUGUUUACUCCAUGGCUCAUGCGCUGCACAACAUGCACCAGGAGCUGUGCCCGGGUAAGGUGGGUCUCUGCGCCAAGAUGGAGCCCAUCAAUGGCACACAUCUGCUCAAGCACAUACGGCGCCUCAACUUUAGAGGCAUCGCAGGAAACCCAGUGCUCUUCAACGAGAAUGGAGAUGCCCCCGGGCGCUACGAGAUCUACCAGUACCAGAUCCGAAACUCCACGGAGGAAUACAAGAUCAUUGGCCACUGGACAGAUCAACUCCAUCUCAACGUUCGUUCAAUGCAGUGGCCCGGGGCCGUUCGUCAGAUUCCGUCGUCAAUCUGCAGUCAGGCAUGUCGUGCGGGCGAGCGCAAGAAGAUUGUGAAGGGCAUCCAGUGUUGCUGGCACUGUGAGCGGUGCGACGGCUACCAGUACCAGGCGGACACGUUCACCUGCAAAAUGUGCCGAUUCGAUUCGCGGCCCAACGAGAACCACACGGGUUGCGUUCCCAUCCCAAUCGUCAAGCUGGAGUGGAGCUCUCCCUGGGCGGUGAUCCCCGUGCUCAUAGCAGUGGCGGGCAUCAUGGCCACCCUCUUCGUCGUGGUCACUUUUGUCCGGUACAACGACACGCCCAUUGUGAAGGCAUCGGGAAGGGAGCUCAGCUAUGUGCUGCUUACCGGCAUCUUCCUGUGUUACGCUACCACCUUCUUGAUGAUUUCCACCCCCGACGUGGGGAUCUGCUCCCUGCGGAGAAUCUUUUUGGGCCUGGGCAUGAGCAUCAGCUACGCCGCCCUGCUCACCAAAACCAACCGCAUCUAUCGCAUCUUUGAUCAAGGCACCAUGUCACUGAGCGCCCCCCGGUUCAUCUCUCCGGCUUCGCAGCUUAUCAUCACGUUCACGCUGGCGUCAGUGCAGCUACUCGGCGUGUGCAUCUGGUUUGGUGUGGAUCCCUCCAAGGCCAUCAUCGAUUAUGAGGAUCAGAGGACGUCUAAUCCAGCAAUGGCCCGCGGCGUGCUCAAGUGCGAUAUCUCCGACCUGUCCCUCAUCUGUUUGCUGGGUUACAGCAUGCUGCUCAUGGUCACCUGUACCGUGUACGCCAUUAAGACUCGAGGGGUGCCAGAGACCUUCAACGAGGCCAAGCCCAUUGGUUUUACCAUGUACACCACGUGCAUUAUCUGGUUGGCAUUCAUCCCCAUCUUCUUUGGGACCUCACAGUCCACAGAAAAGAUGUACAUCCAAACGACCACGCUGACCAUCUCGGUGAGCCUGAGCGCCUCUGUGUCCCUGGGCCUGCUCUACAUGCCCAAGGUCUACGUGGUACUCUUCCACCCCGAGCAGAACGUGCCCAAACGAACACGUAGCCUCAAAGCCGUGGUCACCGCCGCCACCAUGUCCAAUAAGUUCAACCCCAAGGCCGGACUCAGGCCUAACGGCGAGGCCAAGACGGAGCUGUGCGAAAGCCUGGAAACACAAAGUUUCUCAACAAAGCAGACAUACAUCAGCUACAGCAACCACGCCAUCUAACGGACACUUCAAAGUCAAGAUCAAAUCAGCAUCUUUCAAAUUCUGGAUUUCCACCUGACCGGCUUGUCAGGAGUGUCAUUUUCACACGGAUGGAAAUCGCGGGAGCGUGUUUGUUUUCCGAACACGUUGACUGCAGGGAAGCACUUGUGCAGCCGGAACAAUUGUGAGGUAUCAUCUUGUGUUGUAAAAUAAACAAAUAAAUAAAUAAAAAUACUGCAUGAGAUCUACCUGGAGACUGAAAGAUGGAAGUUUAUCCUUUGAUUCAUCGCAGAAGUGAGUGACUCAUGUUGAACUUAAACGCCAAAAAUGUGUUCGGGUGUUGUCGGUGUCGUCUGCCAACUGGCAUCAGAAUCAUCCACCAUGGGAUAAUCGCUGCCAAAAAGGCAACAACAACAAAAAAAAAUUGCGGGUGGGGGGGGGGAUUCCUGCUGUGUUUAUUCCAGUCUAAAAUCAUCAUCCAUUCGCCAAAUCUGCAUUAAGACUCCCCUCGUUAAUUUGCUGAGUUCUAUUGAACCAAGUGUGUUGUGCAUGAGUUUUAACAUCAUGUGUUGUGUUGUUGCUGUAUAUUCGGAAUGCGUUUAAACUCGGUUGUUACACUCAUUUGGGGCUCAAAAUGGUCUCAUCUACUUAUCAAGCAGAUCUCCUCGACAUCCCCGCUGCCAUCAUGCCCUCCUUAUACGCGCUCGAUUCAACAAGAGAGCUCUUUCUGGAAGGAGUUGCGCUCUCCCCGCCUCCCCAACCACCAUCAUCGCUGCCAGCCAGCAGCCAUUUCCCUCAGAGGGUAAAAUAACAUCGCUGUACAGAUCCAUUAAGAGAAGGAAUUAAGAUGAAGUAUGUCCUUGAGAGCAACGUGACAUACACCCCUGAAAGUAAUAUCCAUAUAUGCCUAAUGGGAAACCAUACUUAGAAAAUUCAUCACAAAAGUCUGCGUCCUCAACGGGCAUUCUGGUGAUAAAUAAGAAAGAGGAAGUUGUUUAUAUAUGUUUUUUUUUGUUUUUGUUUCCAAUGAACAGAUGAAUCACGUGGCAUAAAAGCCAAGUGUUUUGAGGGAGCCAUCUUGUGAGUGUGGUGUUGUUGAGGUGGGGGGGUUGUCAUUUGUGUGUCGCUUUUUCAGGCCUCGCUCGCUCCACGUUUGUUUUGGAGGAACUCGGUUCAAUGUGAUUAAAUAGAUUGGUGAUGUCUGCUUUCUGUUCCCACAACAUAUAAAAAAAAAAAACAUGUAUAAAAAAGAUAUAGUGCCUGGCCUAUCUGAUUAUGUAAAGAUUCUCGUGAUUGAAGCAUGUUUAUUUUUUUUAUACCAAAAUUGAUUUCUAUUAAAAUGUUUUCAAACUCU